AAGCUGUGUGUGUGUGAUCUGCUGGUGGCACAGUGCGAUGUGAAUUGCUGCUGUGACCCCGAUUGCAGCGCGGACGAUUUCAGCCUCUUUACUACGUGUUCAGUUCCUGUUGUCACAGGUGACAGCAAUCUUUGUAGUCAGAAAGCUGCUGUGUAUUCACUUGAUGUUGAAGCAAAUCCACCAGAACGGAUAUUUAAAUUAAUUGACCAAGUCAAUCCCAGUGUUUUCUGCAUUCAUGCUACAAACUAUAAACAAGCACUUUCCUUCAGUUCCCCUGAAAUGCCUACUCCUGAAAAUUUUGAUCGGUUGCUUAAACAGUUUGGAAGUGCUUCUUUCAGUGCUGAGCCUGACAGCUGGAAUACGAACACAGAUGCUCAAAGUCCUUCUGAUGCGAAUGAAACUUACAGAUACGAGUAUGGCGUUCCUAUACAGACAGCAGAUGCAUUUCUAAGACUACCCAGUCCUGUUGUCUCCUCUUGGUGCUCUGAUGCAAAUCCUGCAGGAUUUUUAGUAAACCAGGCUACAAAAUGCACUAGAUCAGUAAGUGUGGAAAAAUGUGGCAACAUUCAAGCAAUUAGUAUGCUCUUCUAUAUCAACUCCAGCAUUUUAGCCGUGCCAGAAUCAAGUCAGAUGGUUAAUAUUACUGUCCAGUCCGUAGUUGUGCAGUCUCUGAAUGGAAUGCGGACUUUGCUUAAUGGUAGUGAUGUCCUGAGGCUGCCUGUGAUUUUGGAUGAACUGUGCAUAAAUGUGGUUCUUGGGGUGAGUUAUCACAUUACAUACACAGACGCAGGAGAAAUAAUAGAAGCAGCUGCUUCUUUUGUCUUGGGGGCAAUUAACAAAGAAGCACUUUCCAUACAGCAGAGCUUUGAAAUCAGCUUUACUCAGGUCAAUACAACACCAGUUCCUCUCAGUGGUAAUCCUGGUUAUGUUGUUGGACUGCCUAUAAGAGCGGGCUUCCGGCCACAAGGAUCUGGCAUUAUCCAGAACACUAACAAAUACAGUCAACUUACCAUUCUGCAAAGUACAUCCAGUCAGGACUGUCUGGCAGCACAGGGAGCCAGAACCCCGAUAUUAUUUGGCUAUAACAUGAUAUCGGGUUGUAAGUUACGAAUUACUGCAGCUAUGAAAUGCCAGCCUUUGGCUCAGACCCUCCUAGACUUACUGAAGGGACAAAGCUUUCCUGAAUACGUGGCCUCAUUUGGAAAUUCUCAAGCCCAGGAUGUACUCGACUGGGUGCCGAUAACUCACCUCCACACCUCAGAACAGAGCUCAUGCCAAAUACCAGUAUCGCUUGAAAUAGAAGUGAAGUGGACUAAAUACGGAUCCCUAGUCAAUCCACAAGCCAGAAUAGUGAAUGUCACAGCAACAAUCAGUACCACCACAUUGAAGCAGCUUUCCUCAGGAAGGGAAAGGACUAUUCCUGUAACAAGUUCUGUUGUCUUCACUGACAUUUCUUCACCUGCAGAGCCAGGCUAUAAAGCUUGGCCCACCAUUAAUGCCAAGUUACCCUUUGAUUUUUUCUUCCCAUUUGUCUAAGGUAGGUAUGCAUUUAAAAAAAAAAAACCCAAAAAAAGGGCCGUAUUUCUGCUUUUUAAGUCCAGUUCCUAAAGAAGUGAGGUUUAUCAAGUCGCUGUGAUUAGCCAUCAGUUUCUUC